UGCGUCUUACCGUCGGUGGAUGUCGGUGGCGAACGAAUUACCCCGUACUAAGUACUCCCUACGUACGUACACCUCGUCUUGUGAGGGCUGAUGGAAAUAGCUAUCGGUAUGUUGUCAAGAGCACGGGCAAUAGAGGCUAACUGAGUGUGUGCCUGUUCGUGAAGAAUUUUGCCCAAGACCUUUCAUUUGCCCAAGACAAGACCUUCAUGUGCUGUGGUCCAUCUCACGGGCACACUAUGACUCUGAUUUCAGCAAACUGUUGCUUUACCAAGCACGGACGUACCUCUCCCCCGCGCUCGGCCGCCCAAACUCGCUGGCAUUUGGCAUCAAACUAGCGUUGGCUUGCGAUUCAGUGUCCCAAGCGCUAUAAAGGAAAGGUACGAUGCUCCAGGGUGUCAGGACCAAGUCCAACAAGAGAACCAAAGCCACCUAGGCAUUCGUCGACGAUGGGAAAGCGAGCUGCGACACAAGCAGGUGCGCCAGCCUGGAAGAAGUUCCGUGGCAACGGCGUGAAGAGCAAAGUGAACACCAUCGUGUCAGCCUUGCGCGACGGCGGUUUAGACUCUGAGGUCCCGGAGACUGCACGUUGGAUGCUGGCCGAUGGCGCAUCCGCAGCCUUCGCCACCGUCGCGAACCGCCACAAGUUUCAGAUCGAGAUGUGUAACCUGAUCCUGGAAACCCUACAGGACAUUGCCAGCAGGCUGCAAAACAAAGUGGAUGAGGCCAAGAAGGAUGCCAGUGCGUUGGCCACCGAGCAGGAAUCGAAGAAGGCAGAGCUCACAGCUGCUGGGGAGAUCCUGACCGAGGCCAAAGAUGCAGUGGCAAAGAAGGCAGAGGAGCAUGAGGAGGCCAAGAAGGUCUUGAGCGACCUUGAACAGGCGUGGGCGUCGCUGGAGAGUGAGGGCGUCUCGGUGAAAAGGCGUCGGGAUCAGCAAGUGAAGGAGCAGACGAAGUUCACGGACUUCCUAGAGAACAUGUUGAAGGUUCUCCUGGAGAAGGGCCCAGAGGCUGGUGGCUCCGAGAAAGCCGCCAAGAAGAUGUGCGAGAAGCUCAUGAAGCAAGUCACUCAUUUGGGCGCCGAGCCAGCGUUACAAGCCUCAGCGCCAUCGGUGCUCUUGAAGAAGGCGGAGGAGCGACAAGGCUUCGACACUCAUGUGGUCGAGUCCGUCCAGGGUCUCUUGACGGGACGUUUGGAACAAAUCCAAAAGGCCUUGGACGAGAUCGCGGACGAGGAAAAGGCAAGAGAGCCACAAGUGACCGCGAAAGCAGAGGAAGUGACUCAGGCCAAGGCUCGCCUGGAAGACAUGAAGCAACAGCUGGAGGCUGCUGAAGAAGUGGCUUGUGAAAAGGAGGUGAACGUCGCGAAGAUGCAGUCGUCCCUCGAGGCCUUCGAGACCUCGGCACAGGAGAAGGCCAAAGCCAUCGAGGCGGCCGAGGCCAACGUCACCGUCUUCGCUGAGGUGCUGGCGAUCUACCACGACCUGCACGGCGACGCCGCGGAGGACGCCGAGAACGCCGCGGUGAAAGCGGAGGCCCUGACAGCGCCGGCGGUGUUGGUUUGAGAAACGUCUCACGCGGAGGUGGUCCAUCUGGCCCAGCGGGAGAAAGACCGCACGUCGCAGCACCGGGAAGAAGCCGCAGUCUUUUGUUGAGACUGCUUGCAGAUUCAGAGGGGGUGGGGUUGUUCGAUGUUUAGUGCGAAGUGGAAGAUCUCCAGAUGCAGAACGGC